CUCUUUCGAAGCCCCGCGGAAACCAUGGCGACGGAGGGCCAGCGAGUGGUGCUGAUCACCGGCUGCUCGUCCGGGAUCGGGAUGGGCAUCGCCGUGCACCUCGCGAGAGACGACAACCAGCGCUACCACGUGAUAGCGACGAUGCGGGAUCUGAAGCGUAAGGACAGGUUGGUUGAGGAGGCCGGAGACGCGUACGGACGAACCCUGUCUCUGCUCGCGCUGGACGUCUGCAGUGAUGAAUCGGUCAAACAGUGUGUCGACAGCGUCAAAGAUCGACAUAUAGACAUACUGAUCAAUAACGCUGGCGUGGGGCUGGUGGGGCCGGUGGAGGGGCUCAGCAUGGACGACAUGGCAAACGUGUUCGAGACCAACUUCUACGGCGCGGUGCGCAUGAUUAAAGAGGUCAUGCCCGACAUGAAGAGGAGACGCUCGGGACACAUCGUCGUCAUCAGCAGUGUGAUGGGCCUGCAGGGUGUGGCGUUUAAUGACGUGUACUCCGCGUCGAAGUUUGCCAUCGAGGGCUUCUGCGAGAGUCUGGCCGUCCAGCUGCUCAAGUUCAACGUCACCGUGUCGAUGAUCGAGCCCGGGCCCGUACACACCGAGUUUGAGAUGAGGAUGAUCCAAGACAUUUAUAAGAAAGAGUUCCCCGGAACGGAUGCCGAGACUCUCCACCACUUUAGGACCUGCUACCUGACCGGCGCGGUCAACAUCUUCCAGACCCUGGGCCAAACGCCCAAGGACAUCGCCAAGGUCACUAAGAAGGUGAUCGAGUCGCCUCGUCCUCCGUUCCGUAACCUGACGAACCCGCUGUACACGCCGAUCGUGGCGAUGAAGUACGCGGACACCAACGGCAGCCUGUCCGUCCACACCUUCUACCACAUGCUGUAUAACCUGGGAGGGGUCAUGAGCGUCGGCGUGAGCAUCAUGAAGUGCCUGAGCUGUGGGUGGAUACGGAGACGAACCAUCUCACCAACCUGACACACACACACACACACAUCUCCUGCGGAUGCACACACACUUGCAGUAACACACCCUUGUGUGAACACUGUGCUUCUCUUUACAGCUGGGUUUGGUUUCUGGACUCUAUCUGGAUAGUUUAGCCAGACUACACCCUGAGGGUCUAAUGAUAAACUCCAAACACACACUCUCUCUAACUCAAGCACAGACAGAUGAUGUGUUUUAACUCUUGAUAUAUUAUCUUUAUACAGAUUAAAGUCUAGACAAGUACACCUUUCAGAGUAACUCACAUAAGCUGUUUGAUAGUUUAAGAUAAAGCACUAUUUGAGUGUAUAAGUUGGUGGGACAGCACGUAGUGAAGUCAACCUAAUAAAGGAUGAAACCAUCAUUUCAGAAGAGGAUGUUGUAGUGAUGAAGGCAGCUCUGAAGCUCCUGAACGUCUGCGAUUCAUUUAGUGAAACGCUGCUAAAUCUGAUCUGUGUGGAAAAAUAAAGAAUACUAUCAGGAGAUGUGAUUUAUUGUCUGUGAAUUUAACCUCUCGAAGUUCACUGAUCACCCGGACUGAAAUUUCUCUUUCGUGUUUUCUUGUGUUUCCAUUGAGAAUUAAACUAAACCUAAACCUU